AUGGCGGUUGAGAAUUUUGAGCAGGAAACAUCUACAACUAUAACUGAAACCUCUCAAACCUCAUCGGAGGAUGAAUUUGAAGAAGGAAUUUCAGUUCCAGUCACUCAUCCUCUGUAUUUGGAACCUACGGAUACAAGUGGAAUAUCUCUGAUUUCCUUUCAAUUAACAAGCACAGACAAUUUCUCACUAUGGUAUCGAUAUAUGAAAAUUGCUCUUUUAGGUCGAAAUAAGCUCGGAAUGGUUGGGGGAAGUGGAAUUGCAUAUGCAACCAAUGCUGACACUGUGUGGAUGGACUUGCAAGAGCGUUUUGACAAAUUCCUUAUGGUCUUAAAUGACUCAUACUCACAAGCUCGUAGUCAAAUCCUUAUGAUAAAACCUGUUCCUUCUGUAAAUCAAGUUUAUGCCAUGUUAAUGAGGGAGGAGAGUCAGAGAAAUGUAAGAGGAUCAGCAGGAAUCUUAGGGUCUUCACCUAAUGCCAUUGGUGGACACUAUGAAUCUACAGCACUCUGCAGUUCUAAGCCUGACUACAAGUUUAAGAAGAAAGGGGGAGCUGGUGCUUAUAAUGUAGUAGCAGAGUAUGGAUCAACUUCUGGUAGUUACAAUUCACUACCUGAGCUAAGCUCGUACACACAGUCCUGUGGACAGCCAAACUCUGGUUCACAGAUGACUACUAUGCAGCCAAGAUCUAUUCAACCUUUGCAAAACAAUAAUCACUCUGCAAGUAUGGAACAACAACCACAACAUGGAGGAGGUAGUGCAUUUCUCUUCACCAAGGAACAAUAUGAUCAAAUCAUGCAAAAUCUGAACAGCAACACUGUCAGCUCUCCUUCAGCAAGAAACAACAGUCCUUCACCUACUUCCCAAGCUAAUGUAGUAGGUACUAGUAUUGCUUUACUAGCUUCCACUAGUCCACAAGAGUGGAUCAUUGACACAUGGGCAAUAAACCACAUGGUGUCCAAUGUCAAUCUAUUAAAUAAAGCCUCUAUAGUUGAACCCUCUGUCUUUAGAAAAGUUCUCUUUCCAAAUGGAGAUGUCCCUCAAGUAACUCAGGAUCUCUUCAAUAGCAGGGUGAAGGAGAUUGGUAGAGAAACAGUUGGUCUAUACUUCCUACAACAACAUGGAUAUAAGAGACUGAGUGUUGUGUCCCUGGCAGCUGUUAGCUCAAAGUCUGACCUCUCAAUCAGUCCCAAUGAUAUAGUCUUAUGGCACAGGAGACUUGGCCUUGUGUCUAUUAUUGUUCUGAAGAAACUAUUUCCUUUCAUUGCCUUUGUUCAUACACAGUUCAAUAAAACAGUAAAAAUGGUGAGAUCUGACAAUGGUACUGAAUUUCUAAAUUCAGUAUGUAAAAUUGUGUUCAAUAACCUUGAAAUCCUUUAUCAAACCACCUGUGCCUACACUCCUCAGCAGAAUGGGUUAGUUGAGAGGAAGCAUAGACAUCUCCUAGAAAUCACCAGAGCUCUGAGGUUUCAAGCUAACAUUCCAAUCAAGUUCUGGGGUCAUUGUGUUAUUACUGCAGCAUACUUGAUCAACAGACUGCCAUCAUCAGUAUUGAAGGGGUGUUCACCUUAUGAGCUGUUGUACAAUAGGAAGCCUCAGCUAGGACACCUUAGAACUCUGGGCUACUUGUGUUUUGCAAAGCAAGUACAGGAGACAGAUAAGCUCAUGCCUAGGGCCAUGCCUGCUGUGCUCAUAGGAUUCUCAAACACUCAAAAAGGUUAUAUUCUCUUAGAUAUUGCUACACAACACUUCUUUGUAAAUAGAGAUGUUAUUUUCAGAGAAAAUGUAUUUCCAUUCAAGGACUCUCUAUCUGUAUUUCCUCCUAUAUUCAAGCCACUUCCUUCACCUCCUAGCUGUGAAGAAGUUCCCACAGAUAUCUGUCUCUCUCCACACAUCAAUUCAUCUACUUCAUCAUUUGGUGAUCACUUGUCCCCUACCUUAUCAGAAGGUAGGCAUAGCUCUUUGUCUAUUGCUCCUGAGCCCUGUCCUACACUGAGGAGAUCUCUCAGAACUAAACAUCCCCCACUAUGGCUCAAGGACUUUGUCACUCAGCGUUCUAACACUACUACUCCAUAUUCCAUGGCUAACUAUGUCUCGUAUGACAGACUUUCUCCCUCUUACCAGCCUUAUAUUUUAGCCUUCUCCACUGUUAUGGAGCCCUCCUCUUAUGAAGAGGCUGUUAAAUACCCAAGGUGGGUGGAGGCUAUGAAAUCAGAAAUAGCAGCCUUGGAGGCUAAUCACACUUGGGAAGUUGUCUCACUUCCUCCAGGCAAGGUGCCUAUUGGUUGA